AUAACGCAAUUUAAGUAGCUAGAAAAUAGGAAUGUAUAGAAAAAACAAGAAACGUUUAUCUAAGUUGAACCAAAAUAGAGAAAUUAUUUACAUCCUAAGGAGCAUGUACCAUUCCCAUUUUCUUUUCAGUAUUUUGCUCUCCUUGUCAACAUCUAUUUGACAAACAUUUUUUUAUGGCCAUGCUUAGCCUACCUUCGUGUGGAUCACGUCGACAGAUUUAAUAAUGGUCAUCAUUUUCAUAUCACAGACAGGGCAGUGAUACAAGGAAGAAACUGGAAUAGUUGACCAUUGCAACAGGAAUCGGGAGAAAUGCCAAGAUUUCACUGCAGAAUUGGUCUACUUCUGCAAAAUGUGAAGGAUUAUAUGAACAAACAAUGGAGAUUGCUUAUAAUUACAUAUAGAACUCUUUUCUAUAACUCAUUUACGUCAUGGGGCAUAGCACUGGACACUGCCAUGGAGCCUCUGUUUUGGCUUGUAGAAAGACUAGCAAAACACUUAGGACCAAUAUUUGUAUGUCUAGUCACGAUUCUCACUUCAUCUGUGGUGCUGAUUUUUUACAUCUAUAUAUUGCCUCAUGUUCAUCACACUAGUACUGGCUGGACUGUUUUCCAUCUUAUCUUUGGACAUUGGCUGCUGGUCAAUAUAGUGUUCCAUUAUGUAAUGGGUGUGUGCACUCCACCUGGGUCUCCACCAGAGAAAGUCACAGAAGUUGUGUCAAUAUGCAAAAAGUGCAUUAGUCCCAAGCCUCCAAGGACUCACCAUUGUAGUGUGUGCAAUAAAUGUGUGCUCAAAAUGGACCACCAUUGUCCAUGGCUGAACAAUUGUGUCGGCCACUAUAACCACCGUUACUUUUUCAUGUUUAUGGUAUACAUGUGGAUAGGGGUGGUGUAUGUUUGUGCCUCUGUUUUUGAACUCUUCAAACAAGAAUUCUUUGGUGUUAAUAGCAAGGGUUUCAGUUUAGUUUUUCCAACACUUAUGGCUCCAUUUGCUGUGUCAAGUGAUCUCUAUUCUUUCAAACAAGAAGCCAUUGGCGUGUGCUAUGAUUGGAGCUGGGAAGAUGAGAUGCAAAUGUGUUGGGCCAAUGAGACAAUAUCAGACAUGGAGCAUUUACAAUCCCUGGAACAAAACUUUGGAAUAUACCAUUUCUGUGUAAUUUAUGAGUUUUUACUGUGUAGUGGAGUUAUCAUAGCCUUGGGACUGUUAAUGCUGUGGCAUGCAUUGCUUAUUACCAGAGCAGAGACAAGCAUUGAAGUGCACCUGAACAAGAGAGAUAAAAAGAGGAUGAAAAGUCAGGGAUUGGUGUUUAAGAAUCCAUAUAACUUUGGUCGUCUACAAAAUUGGAAGCAUUUCUGGGGCCUAAGAGAUGGAAGAUCUUUUAUUCGACAUGUAUUGUUUCCAUCAAGACACAAACCUAUAGGAAAUGGAAUCACAUGGGAAACGGCAACAUAUAAAAUAGAAAAAGAGUUACACGAUAUCUGAUAUUAAAAUCAUUAGUAACUUUUAAUGAAGUAGAUUUAGCAUUAUUUUGAGAUAAAUGUGAUGGAUCACAAAAGAAGCAAAUGUGGAGGAGCACAACUUCCCAGAUUGAAUUUUUAUGUCAAGUGUAAUAAGAUGACCUUAGAUUUUAUCUUUUCUUUUAAAGGAACUGCUUGUUAGAAUUUUGCGUAGAAAAGAUGGCAUUUCCAAGGGACUAAUUAUGACCAGUGUGACCCAUUUUAAACUUAUUUUAGAAAUAACAGUAUAGUAUAUUAAAUGUAUGUCUUUUAGACCAUUCUUUCUUCACUUCAGAUAAAAUGCAAUUUUUGAGCAGUAUUUAUCUAAAAAGAAUAGUAAUUUUCACCUACUCAUUAGUUAUUGUUAAACCUGCUCCUGCUAUUGGAUUUUUCAUAAGCCUUUUUAAUCAAAUACUUUUAGUUCUAAUUGUUCACCAUAAUGACCGUUUAAAUGGCCACAUCUGUUAAUUGGGAUUUUUAUAAUUUUCAAGGUCUGAAUUGGGAAACAAAAGUACCUUUAUAGAAUGUGCAGACAGUAAUUUUUACUUUCCAACAUUUUCAAAUGAAAAAAAUAUACUUUUAAGAAUGAAGUUACGUGCCUCAAGGACAGAUCAUAGGGUGUUAAAAGGAAAAUCUAAUAUCUAGACAGCAAAAUUAUGAAAAGGAAAUACAUUAUUAUUUGAAGCAUUACCAUGGCAUCAAUUUUUUUAAAUCUCAGUUCAUAUAGAUAUUUUGUAUUCUAAUACUUUAUUCCAAGUGUGUAAUGUAUUAUUACACUAUGUAUGCAAAAAUCAUUUUAAAUAAAACAAUUUCAUGAGACCA